AUGUCUUGGCUGAAUCGUGUACAGGAGGCCGAGAGUAAGGAGAUCAAUCUAGAAGAUGACGAUCCAGAAGCAUUGAGAAAAAUGCUGAUCUACCUCUACACUUUGAAUAUCGACCACGUUCUGCUUCAGGGUGAAGAGGACGAGCCGCCGGAAACACCGACCACUUAUCUGGAAGGUCUUCUCGACCUCUUCGUCUUGGCCGACAAGUACGAGCUGCCCGAGCUGAGCGACCUCAUUACUGUUGCCGUAGAUGCUUUCGACCGAGGAGGCUAUCGCGCAAGUCAAUUUAUUCGAGCUUACUUGAAGGCGGUCUCAAUGCCCGACUCCACCCUAGGACGCUCACGGCUCUUGACGAAGCUAACAUCUGCGCUUGAGUCGUUUCGACGCGGCUGGCACAACGUGUGUCCCAUUGGAGUGGAAGAUAACGAAACACGGAAUCGCAAUUAUGCAAAGACAGUCGAUGCGGUAGUUGAGAACCCAGAAGCAGCCGUAUUGCUCAUCUGCCAUCUUGGGAACAUGCUGACGGUUGCGAAAGCGGCGCAUGUGGACUUUGAAGAUGCCUCCAGAACAUUUGAUGAUAAGUCGAGUGAGAGCGCUGUAAGUACACCCGGCGCAGACGGGAAUUCGGGGUCCGCAAGCGACUUCAGUGUGUUCGAUGAUGAAGAUGAAGACACGGAUGCAAGCUCAUUUGAGUGGUUCAAAGUGGAGGACGAAGCCGUCUUAAAGGCCACUAGCCUGCCUAAGGAUGAAGACUGA